UCUUAAUGAGGCUUUUAUUCUGAAGACUCAGAAUACCGACACUGAACAACACAGCCGUUUCCUGUCUCGUUUGUUGUUGUCAGAUUCUGUUUCCGGUGUAGCCGCAGCUGUUUUCGGCUCCAAAAUGACCAAACUCCAGCUGCUGAACGCCUACCUGACGGAGCGGCUGACCGUGGUGGUGAAGGAGAUCCUGGACGUGGUGGAGGACACGGUGACCGAGUACCGGGAGGAGGCCGCCAGGACCAAGCGGGAGAACGAGAGCCUGCGGAGGCAGCUGCGGGACAUCCUGCUGCUAGAGGCCGAGACCGAGUGGCUGAAGUCCACCAGGUCCAGUCUUGGUUGUGCAGCUCCUGAGCAGCAGUCCAGGGAUCCGGAGCUGAGGUCCCGCUCCGAGGAGCCGGACUCCAUCCUGAAGCAGUCCAGACCGCCUCCGGCCAACUCAGCCAAGCAGACACACGAGCCACUGGUGUCCGUGCAGCUGCUGUCGGUCCGGAAUGAGACUCCUCCCGGUCCGGUUCUCCUCCCGGGGGACGAGACGCCGGCUGAGGCCUGGGAGCCGGUGCUGAAGCCGGACCCUCAGCAGGAGGUGAUGAGCAGGGCCUCACCUGUCCCCGCCCACUCCUCCCUGAACCCCGCCUCCGCCCCGGGCCACAAAAUCCACGUCGAGGUCCCAGCGCUCAAAGAGGAGCCCCAGGUCCCGGCUCUGAUCAAAACCGAACCCGAGGAGUACAAAGUGACUGAGGCCGAGGGCCGCACAGACUCUGGGACCGGGACCGCGCGCACCGCACCGGACGAGUCCGGGUUCAGGAGCACGGACGCAGAGCGGACGGUGGUGGUGGUGCGCGCAGACCGGAACAGGAAGUCCUCUCAGGAGAAGCUGGCGGUCGCGGCCGAAGACGCUGCGGUCGCCGCGUUCGCCCCCGAGCUCGUCCACCGCUGCCCCCGCUGCGGAGAGGCGUUCGGCCAGGCGAGCAGCCUGCGCCUCCACCUGGAGCAGAAGAGGAAGACCUACGCCUGCGACUGGUGCUGCAAGUCGUUCGCGCAGUCCGCGGACCUGCGGCGCCACCUGCGCACGCACACGGGCGAGAGACCGCACCGCUGCACCUUCUGCUCCAAGAGCUUCAGCCAGAGAGGAAACCUGAGGCGGCACCUGAGGAUCCACACCGGGGAGCGGCCGUACAGCUGCCCCUACUGCUGCCGCACCUUCAGCGACGGAGACACCAUGAAGAAACACAAGCGCACGCACUCAGGAGAGAAACCGUACCGCUGCGUCCGCUGCUCCAAGACCUUCACCACCGCCAGCGGCCUGCAGAUACACCUGAAGAAGGACAUGUGCUUCGUGGCGAGCGCCUGAUUGGUCAGGACGGAGAGAGGGAGGGAAACACCUGUGGACGGGUUUCCUGUGAAAACAUGGAACCACGUGACGGAGCAGAUCCACAUCUACAGCAGAGAAGAAGAAAACAAGUUUCUUUGUCAUAUUUUAUAAUUAAACUGAUUGAUCAAGACUGAGACUGAUUAACAGCUGCUAGUGGCAGGAAACCAGCAACAUUCAAGAGGAAACACCUCAGUAUCAGUACCAGAGUCCACUGACAAAAACAGAGCAGUAACACACAGUAACACAGACACACUAACAGAUGGAGGCAGUGGUAUUCCAGCAGCUCCUGUUAAAUCCCUGUUUUUCUCUAUGGAGUCUGGUGGCUAGGAAGAGAGCGAUAAAUCAGUCUGUUAAACACACGUUAUUUAUCAGUCAUGACGUUGUUCAUAUAAAGAGACCACACAGGGUUUUCUUCAUCAGUCUGCUGCUCUCAGCUGUUACCAAAGUCCCACAGUCAAACACACAGUGACUGCCCCCCCCCCCCCCGACUUUUAUUUAACUGCACCUUGUGUUCUCUGAGUGGGACUGGACGGAGUUGUGCUUUAUUGGCAGCUACACAGUUGUGCUGACAUCCAGGCCUUCAUGUUAAUUUAUCUAUUUAUUCUGACGUUGACGUGUGGGUCAGAUAAACUCAGAGGAACAGAGACUCUGCUUUGUCCUUCAGUUUGGAUUCAAGUUCAACGUCCAUGUCUGUCUGCUGCAGCUUUUAGACCAGAACCCAGACUUUAAUCCCAGUCUUUGUCACUUUGCACUUAUAACAGGAGGAGGUUCUCUUCACAGGACAGGAUCUGGACUGACCCUCGUCUCCUCUGUACAGUCGAUAUUCACCUGGUUACUUUAACACUGCUACACCUUCUCAAAGCACCUGCACUCAUCACUGAAAUAACUAACAUUACCAGUUUAUUAGGUACACCUCCACCUGUGGGACUGAGGCAGCAGUUAAUGAAUGAAUCCUGUCAGCCUGGUGAAAAGGCAGAGGACUCCUCAGAGACCAGAAACAGGACCCUGACUCUCAGCUGGAGGAACAUCAGCUGUUUCUUCCUCUGAUCACCAGGAAACUGCAACCUGACAUCAGGGGUCAGAGGUCAGAGGUCAGCAGGUGUACCUAAUAAAGUGGUAACUCUACAGUUCAUCAGUGGUCGUGAUGUCUGGUCUCAGAUCAGUCUGUGGUGGAAACAGUUCUAUCGUCCGGCGAGUCGAAUGUUUUUGUGAUUUCUGUUGAAUGUGGUUUUGAUGGAUGAUGAUCAGACUCGGUUCUCUGGAGGAUCAGGAGCAGCUCAGCUCCUCCUGUCCAGGUGACAGGUGUGAUCCAGCAGAGACCAGCCGCAGGUUUCAGUCAGUGACUGUGAUGAACUCGGAGACGAGACUCCUGCUUCAGAACAGCCUGCUGCAAUACUAAAUAUAGAGUAAUAUAUUAUUUAUUUUCCUUUUGUAUAUUUUAUGCUGUCGGAAAGAUUGAAAGUCAUCUGAUCUCACUCCUGGAAACAUUUGGUGAUUGUAAAGGAUGAUGGACAGGUUCAGAUGGAGUCACUGGGAGGAGCAGGAGGAGGAGCAGGAGGAGGAGGAGGAGGAGGAGGAGCUUCAUCUCUGUUCAUGUCAGUAUUUGUUUUCAUGUGAAACGUUGGAUUUUAGGCAGAAUAAAUGUUGAGUCAAACUGUU